ACUGUUACAGCCUGUUUUGCAUGUUGUUAUUGCCACAAAGUGUACAAGAUUCUUGGACCAUUCCGGAAGCACUUGGAAAAGCAACAUGACUAUGUUUUCUUUGCCAGAAGUGAACAGAAGAGUAAAAAACUGAUCAUCUGGCUUUACAUUGGUAAUCUUUUAUGAAGGCUGCGCUUCUGCUACAGGAUUCACAAGAUGCCUACAAGAUGGGAGAUGGAAACAGACUGAUGCAGAAUGCCAAGUUCCAAAUGCUGUUGUCAGACACUGCCCAUCACACAAACUACAAGAUAUGGCUGUUCAGGUAUAUGGCAUAUUAUUUCUCACUGUUAAGCCCAAGAUUGGCUGAGGAAUACAAGUGGAAUUGUACAGCCAAUACUCAAGGGGGAAUAGGGAACAAUAUUCCCAAUGACAAUUUGGUGGAAGUUCUUGUAAAGAAAGUAAAGAAGAUUUGUGUACAUAAAGCAAACGCGACUUAUGCAACAGCCAGAACCGCAGCACUAACUACACAAAUUCAGGAUGAAAUAUGCACCAUCAUUGAACACGAGGCAGGGGCCUGGAACAAGAAGGGUUCACGAUCCAAGAAACCAAAUGUGCUGAUCAACAUACCUCUGAUUGUGCAGAAACUACAAAAGGCUGACAUUUUCUCAUACAUUCCUGGAAGGUCAUAUGCUGGAUUUCCCAAUUUUCAAGAUCUCUUUGCCAGAGUCAAUGUCUUGAGCCUACACAAAUGGAUAACAGACCAGAAAAAUAGACUUUCCUUGGAAAUUAUAUGAGUCAUUCUUAUCACUUUUUUUUCAGUUUUCAGAAAAUACAAGUGAUAUUUCUUUUUUCAGUUUGGCCUCUGUGUUGGAGAGGUUACAGAGACAAUGAAAACUUACUGAAAAUGUCAAAUGAAAAGGGAUGCACUGCUGCAUUGUUGCCCCGCCUCAAAGUGGAAGGCGUAUAUAGGAAUGAGUGGAUUAGGAUCAUACCUCAUAACUGGUUGAAGAUAUUCCUUUGAAAUGUGUAUGAAGGAACUGGUGAACCAAACCUUGUCCUAUUGAAAAUUCCAAAAAUCAAAUUGUUAAUGAUGCAACUACAACUUUUUCUGUUUAUAAUGUUGAGAAGUGCUUCGAAAAUUAUAAGGUGGGGAAUAUCAAUAUUUCAAGACUGUAUUUUCAUGUCAUCAAAGUACUGUUACAAUUGUGUUUUGUACACACUCAUUUGUGGUAAAUGUAAACAUUCAAUAAUGGUGAAAAAGUAAACGAAGGAUGACAAACUCUUACCAUUUUUUUUCUGACAUAUCAACUGCCAACUUCCCUGGAUGUAAUGUCGACUGUACAUGACAUAUUGUUAAAUAGGUAUGAAAAACUUCAAUCACAUCACAAAAAUAUCAUGGUUUUGAUACAGAGCAACUAAUAUAAUUGCAAACAAGCAUUCAAGUUAUUACCAGGUACUUUUAAUGAGAUUAAGCACUGACUCCAAUGUGAAGUCAGUCUGAAUCAUCUGAAUCACUUGAACUUUGUUCACUUGAAAUAUCCAUAAUCAUCUAACACUUCAUUUCGUAUUUUGCUGAUUUCUCUUGCACAGUUGUUGGACCAAAUGGGAAGUUCUUUGAUGAUGUCAUCGAUGGACACAAGGUGUUCAGAUUUGUCCACGACUGCGCUGAUGACAUCCUCAUUGAUUCCAAACACAAUAUCUGGGUUCACUAUUGUGCAUGUUGAAAACAAUUUGAACAUGUAAGAGUGUAGUUUAUGUCUCAGUAACUCUAGCUGAUCAUCCUUCACUUCUCUCUGACAUGUGUCCGAUAUAUCAUCCUCUUGAGUGUCAUAUGCA